AUGGGCUGUGGUCGAGAGUUGGGGGCGUCCUCUGGCGUUGAAACGGCCGGCAUUUUGGGUUGGGGGAAAUAUCAAACGUAUUACUCUUUUUUUGUCUAUUGUUCCCUUUUUUUUAGUUUCUACUGCAUUGCAACCUCCAUUCUGCCCCCUUCUCGAUACAACGUACAAUCUAAAAAGUUGGCCUACCAUGAAGAUGAGAGAGGCCGGGUUAUUUAG